AAAUUUUAACAUUUCAAUAAAGCAACAGCCUGAAGCCUUGUCCCAAAUCAUCUGGCCUAGCAGUUCAUAAAAAGCGAGUCUUUGAAGUUGAUAAAUCCAUGGCCAGUGAAAUGGGAAAGCUUGAGGUGAUCUUUUAUGUAUCAAGCUGUGGUGUGUGUUUGUUCUUUCUAUCAUUUCUGAUCAACUUCUUUAGAAAAGUAUGGUGGAUUCCAAUUCAUACACAAUCCAUGAUGAGAUCACAAGGAAUCCAAGGCCCUGCUUACAGAUUCUACCAUGGAAACACCACAGAGAUCAUCAAUGCAGCAACUCAUCAUGUCUUCAGUAAUCCCAACGAAUUAUCUCAUCACAAUGUAUUCUCCACUGUUCUGCCUCACAUUUCUUCAUGGGUCAAGCUUUAUGGUAUGAAUUACCUCAGUUGGCAUGGUCCUCGAGCUCACAUGGUGGUCACAGAACCUGACCUGGUUAAAGAGAUAUUCAACAAUAAAGAUGGAGCUUUCCCCAAAGUAGAACUCGACGAGUACUUUAAGAAGCUCGUCGGAGAUGGAAUUGCGACCACCAGGGGAGAAAAAUGGUAUACACUUCGUAAACUCUCCAACCAUGCUUUUCAUGCAGAGUGCUUGAAGGGAAUGAUUCCUGCGAUGAUUGCAAGCGUGGAGACGAUGCUAGAAAGAUGGAAAUGUCGUGAAGACAAGGAGAUUGAAGCAUUCCAAGAAUUUAAGGUUUUAACAUCAGACGUAAUUUCCAGGACAGCUUUUGGAAGCAGCUACUUGGAAGGACAGCACAUAUUUGAUAUGCUCACACAAAUGGCUGUCAUCAUUACCAGAAACAAGUAUAAAGUUCGAAUUCCUGCAGUUAGCAACCUUGUUAAAACAGCAGAUGAUGUUGAAUCAGACAAGCUAGAACAAGGGAUAAGAAAUUCUAUUGUAAACAUGAUGAAGAGAAGAGAGGAUGCAGCAAUUAUGAGCCAAUCAUCAGAUUCAUUUGGAAGUGAUUUUCUUGGAUUACUGUUAAAGGCACAUCAUGAUGAUGAUGAUCCUGAUAGCAGAAUAUCAGCUGAAGAUGUGAUUGAUGAGUGCAAGACCUUUUAUGUUGCUGGACAUGAAACAACUGCGAGCUCAAUCACCUGGACUAUUUUUCUUCUAGCUCUUCACACAGAUUGGCAACAUGAAGCCAGAAAGGAGGUUCUUGAAUUUUUCGGCUGCCAAAAUCCAACCCCAGAUGGUCUCGUAAGAUUGAAGAUCAUGAACAUGAUUAUCAAUGAAGCUCUGCGUCUAUAUCCUCCAGUUGUUAUUGUCCCAAGGCAAGUCUUGAAACAAGUCAGCUUGGGAAAAUUAAAGCUUCCUGAAAAUAUGGUAAUUGAAAUUCCAGUUCUAGCAAUCCACCACAAUUCUCAACUUUGGGGAGAAGAUGCUCAUCUUUUCAAUCCAAAGAGAUUUGCAGAAGGUGUGGCUAAAGCUACCAACAACAAUGUAGCUGCCUAUCUUCCAUUUGGCUUGGGACCCAGAACCUGUGUCGGCUCUAACUUUGCAGUUACAGAGACAAAGAUUGCACUGUCAAUGAUUCUGCAACGUUAUCAGUUUACUCUUUCACCAACUUAUGUUCACUCACCUGUUCCUCUUAUCACUAUGUGUCCACAACAUGGGCUACAAAUCAUGCUCCAGCCUUUGCACCUUGGGUGAGCA